ACAAUAGCUUACGGGUCCUAGCGGUCAGAGUGAAGCCGUGUUAUCUACUCCCCUGACAGAUUUUAAUACGAGGGAUCAGUCCACGAAUCAAAUUGCAGAAGGACAAUUAUGGUUUGAUCUCGACUGAGGGUUGAAUGAAACCGCGCAUACAACAAAUAUUGUUUAUGUCCGGCCUACCGCAGUAUACCGUAGCGUAUUUUUGCUUCGCAGGUGACUUGGCCGAUAAUAUUCAGUUUGGAUCAUUCUAAUGUUAUUCUUUUCGUCGUAUUAUUGCGCACAUACUAAUGUUUCAUAAACAAGGUUUGUGGAUGAAGAAAAACGCCCGUGAAUUAAGAACCAACUUAUAAAUCAUGGAUUCGUAUGAGUGAGAGGGAACCAAUUGGGAAUAUCCGAACUUAAAUUAUUUCUAAAUUAGGAACUACAGCUGGAUCGAGAAAAUGGCGGAAGCCGGGAAUGGUGAGCAAACGGUUGACCAAGAAAUAGUCACCGAGAAAACCGAGAUAUUGGACAAAUGGCUGUUAGCAUUGAAGGAAGACCUAGCAUCUUGGAUUAGUCGAUUACUAAGCAUCGAAUUGACAGUUGAUUCCUUCACAAGCGUACUCGAUACCGGAGUUGUUCUGUGCAGACUUGCUAACUUCAUUCAAAAUACAGGAGAUAAAUUCUUCAUUAAUAACUCAGGUUGUGUACGGCAGGGUAUCUUUCCUCCGUGUGGUCUAACAUUCAAGGAAAGAGAAGCUUCCCAAGGAUCUUUUAUUGCUAGAGAUAAUGUGUGUAAUUUUAUUCGCUGGUGUCGAGAGCUCGGUGUCCCCGAUGUAAUCAUGUUUGAGACCGAGGAUCUAGUUUCAAAUAAAAACGAGAAAGCUGUUUUAUUGACUCUCCUGGAAGUAGCAAGAAAGGUAUUUAAAUUUGGCGUAGAUCCUCCAGAAUUAGUGAGACUAGAGAAUGAGAUUGAUAAAGAGCUAGAAAACGAAUCCGAGCCAACUCCAUCGAUUAAAAUAGAAAAAGUGACAGCAUUGAAGAAAAAACACAAGUCUCACAGCCUAGACGAUUUGGUUUUUGAAGUUCAGAAGAAAUGUCAAUGUACGACAAGGUACCCAGUUCAAAGGAUCUCUGAAGGAAAAUACAGGAUGGGUGAGAGUAAGAACCUCAUUUUCGUCAGGGUGAUGCGUAAACACGUGAUGGUUCGUGUCGGAGGUGGAUGGGACACUCUAGAUCGAUAUUUUGAGAAGCACGAUCCAUGUAGAAUCAUAGCUCACAGAAAAACUUCGAGACCAAGCCGUCCUUCAUCAGCACACCAACAGCAGACACAUGAGCUACUCGUUCGCUCACCCAGUUCUAUGAGCACAGCCAGUGUGUCCAGCACAGAAAGUUAUGACUCCACUAGUACUGCAUACUCCCAAAUGAGUGUCAGUUCAACACCACCCCGACAGGCAGCAGUCACUAAGUGCGGACAUUCUCCUCGCCAACGCACGUUAUCUGGAGGAAGAUCUAGUCCAACGUACGACAGGUGUUUAUCCCCUACAAGAGGAUCUCAUACACGUCAUAAAUCACCAUGCCAACGUAGUACACCACCACGUACAAUAGAAGCACAGGGUAGACUUUCCAACAAGAGCAUAAGUAUGCAGGACCUAAAGGGAAGAGGUUCUGACUCUUCAGGGAUGGUUACAAAUAUUCCGAUCCCGACUAAACACAGGCCUUCUUCUGCACGGCGUUCAAGUGCGACCCCAGCAAAUGAGUCUCCUGCUAAACCUGCACAAGGAAUUCCUGGUCAGAGAAGGAAGAGUGUAGCAGUUUCUCCAAGAAAAGAUUCGAGUGGUGCAGCAGUAAAGCAAAGACAGCAGAGUACAACACGUACCAACUAUCGUGAUAAUUCCCAAGCCAGAAUGCAUAGUCGUAGCAGAAGCAUGCAAGACUUAAACAAGUACAAACUUACUGGUCCAUUAGACAACGAUACUAGAAGCAAUAAAUCUCGUCCUACAUCUGCACGAGCACGGUCUUCCUCGGGUGCUGCCGAACGGUCGGCCAAUGCUGCCAGUCAACGUAAGACAUCCACAUCACAAGCAACUCGUAAGAUGACCAACACCACUUCAUGCAACAGCCCAAGAAGACGAUCGCCACCAAAUCAACAGAGUCCUGUGAACCACAGCCCUCGUAUCCAACGUAGAUCAUCAAGUACUCCAAGGGGAUCUACCUAUAGUCCCUUAAGUAGCCCGCGUGUAUCUCGCAGGCAGGUGUCCAGUCAUUCACGAGAAAUGCAGAAGACCGCAACAGUUAGUAGUCCAGGACCAAUGAUACGGGCAAUCAGUAAUUUGUCUUCCUCAUCUUCCACAUCAUACAGGAUGAAAAGAAGUGCGUCUUUUGAUUCAAAAAAUGAUUUAUCGUCACAAGCGCUCAACAAAGAACAUCUAAUGGGAAAAUACAAAGAUGCGACAAAAUCCCCUUCAAAAACGCAGUCGUCUGCAGCCGGGGCAAGAAGUCCUACAAAGCAAUCUAGGGUUCCUAUCAAGAUCCCUGGCAAGCAAGGCACAGCUAAGCAGCACGGACAACGUGUCCCAACAAAGCCGCGCAGUAUGGCGAGAGAAGAGCGUAUGGCUACCCAAAAUGGACGCGAGUUUUAUGACGAUCUACCUACUCCUUUUGAUAAUUAUAGCUACACCGCAGAAGAACAAGCCAGCUUAGUGUACAAUGAAGAUGAUAUACAUCUGACAGAAAAUCAAUCCGGACUAAACCUAGACUUUAAUAAAGAUUUCAGACAGGCGUACCCUAGCAACAGUGGUGGAAGUACACCUGAUACUGUCAAGACUAUAGACUCGUUCUUAGGAGGAACCGGCGAGACUUUGAGUACCACCACAUCUGACUAUGACUUUCCUGAUUAUGAUUCAGAUGAUAUAUCAGGAUUAAAGAGCCCGCACUCCAUCAGAAGCAGUUUAUCGGUUAGUCCUAGCCCCAGUAAAGACUUGUUGGAAUCAGGUGAUGCUGAAGGUAGAGCUAAUGUUGGAAUUAUGCAGAGGUUAAAAAGUUUGAAUGUGGAACAAUCGUCUAUCAACCCCACCCUACGUGGGAAGAUUUUUACACCAACUGAAACAGACGGCGCCAGCAUCUUGCCUGAUGAGCUACACACGAAAAGCUUUUCCUCGGUGGAAUACUCAAAUAAAGAACCCGAAGAACGAUCAAAAUUCUUCGACAUUGAAAAGGAAUGCCUGGCAGACGCUUCCAAUGGUGCCUGUGAUGACGCUGACCAGCUAGAGUCCCCUAGGACAUUCUCACUUGUUAAUGCACUGAUCGGAAGUAUAGAGAAAAGAAACGUGCCAAAGAAAACCAUUAGAGUUAAGAAAAACACUACCACUAUUGAAAAUACUAUUCCUGUUAUUCGCGAUUUGUCCACUGAGUCUCGUACUGGUGAUGAGGCUAUGACUGGUUCAUGUGGAACGGCGCAAGAAUCUGGACUGGUUUAUUCCAAAUUUCCAUCUACCAUUGGUUCAAGUGCCUCAAUGGAGACGCCAUUUCGCUGCAUUAUGAACGCCCAACAACUUGACGAGAAUGAUAAUUUACAAGUGGAAGGGAAACCACAUCAGAAUGACGGUAUAUCAAAUGGAACUAAAGAUAUCAUUGCACGGGAAGAUAUUGAAGAGAUGAAAAUAGCUGGGAAGAUGGGAAGCUCAAAGCACGACGAGGAGUAGGCCAUUAUAUCAAUGAUACUACCGACAUCCUUUGAUCAUGUGGUAUCAACUUUUACUUUGACCAUGAACUAUCAAGUAGAUAAAAGGAGUUAAACCCUUAACGUGAUAAGCAUCGCAUCAGGUAACGAAUAAUAGAUAAUUAACAUAGCAGUCCUCAUAGCCCUCUUCAACCAUCAAUCACGUCUUUACACUCGCAGUCUAAAAUACCUCGUUUAUCUUAUGCUUUUGUAUUUAUGUAUUUAUACUUCUGUUGCCUUAGAACGGUUUAAAGUUUAUUUAAAAGUAUUUUCAUUUCGUUGCUAGAUUUAGAGUAGACCGUCAAUGGUCUCUAAACAUGACGUUACUUUGACAUGCUGCACGAGCUAUAUGCAGCAGCUGUGGGUUAUUUUACCAUCACAGGACCACAUGUUAUGAUGGAAGCCCCGAUAUCAUUGCAAUCAAUCGUGAAUUCCUUUAAACAUGUACUAUUGAUUGAGUUUCAUUAAAAGUUAGGGCGGGAAAAGUGAGGGACAUUGCAAAUAUAGUCGCUAAGACUUGUUUUAGGGGUGGGAGGGUGGGAGGGAGGGAAAGUUACUGAAUUUGGAGAAGGUCGAUUUAAUUUUGUAAGAUUGGCCAGCGACCUAGGAGAGAUGUGAUUUCAGAAAUCGUGUUACACGUUCUGACAAAAAGUCUUAUAAUGUUCACUAACGGCCGUCAGUGUUGAAGAUGGCUGAUGGGGUACCGCGCAGCGUAGGACACUAACGCGCAUAAAUCUCGUUAUUAUCAUAACUGGCUUUAAUAAUGCUACCAACUGACACUCAGUGCUGAUGAACGUUGGUUAUUUAAGUUUCUAGCAUUUCUAUUUAGUAAAAUGAGAAUAUUAUAGUUGAUUUGUAAAUUCUGUUGCAGGACGACUAGUGUAAACUAAAGAAAAUAUUUUUAAUUUUAAGAUAAAAUUUGUUUUGUAAGUAUUUUUUGCAUCUUGUUUGUUGCAUUGAUGAAUAAAGUUGUUAAAUUUGU